AUGCCUCCCUCAUCGCCACUCGGCCCGCCGUCGAGUACGGGCAGCAGGAAACUAAAGAAACCACCCCCAAUCACGCCGAAACGAUUCACCCGCUUCUUUACGCCGCGUUCUUCGGUCCAUGGGUCCUCUCGAUUCUCCUCGCUGAGCAGAUCUGGACGCCAACUUCAAGAUAUUACACGCACUGUCAACCGUCGCAACAAUGUUCACAACCAGACUCCCAGGAAGACUGUCAACUUUGCCGACCUCCCCACCCCACCCAACGACCACAUAGUCACACCUCAGAGGGAUAGCAGAAAGCGAAAGUUGUCGUACCUUUCACCCGAAAGCUCGCCGAUACAGAGCUCGCCAAUACAAUCAAGCCCAUCGAAACGCGUCCGAACUGUCUCUCAUCAGUUCACCAUACUAGAGGACAUAGAAGCAGAGCUGGAAACACAAGCUCCAUUUCUUGAAGAAGAUGACCGUCCUCGACCACAGCCAAUUAGGCGGUCAAGGGCCCUCGGAAGCACUGCUCGGAUCCUACAGAGAUCAUUUGGUGGUGCCGCCACUAUCGGACGGGGCGUUCUCCAGGACAACUGCACUCGCUGGCAAGAUCAUACUGCCAACUUCUCCACCAGUCCGACAGACCUGCUACGUUUACCCAAUAGUGCGGUGCCCUUCUGUACUGCCUCUUGCAAUACAAACCCAUUCGUCGCGAUCGGAGAUGAGGACGGCUAUGUUCAUCUCAUAGAUACAGAAGAGUCUCACGCCUCGUUUUCCAAGCCUCACAUAUCUGUCCGUCUGCACAAUAAUGCAGUCAUGGAUCUAGCUUUUUCGUCGGAUGACUUGCUUUUAGCUACAGCUUCGGGCGAUCAAAGCGCCCAGAUUAUGGACGUUUGCACGCAGAAAUGUGUGCACGUCCUAGCCAAACACACGUCGUCUGUCAAGCAAGUUUGCUUUCAACCUGGUGACGACAAGGUGAUAGCUACUUCCGGUCGUGAUGGCACAGUUCAGAUUUGGGACUUGAGGUGUAGCGGCUCCUCCGACGUACUCACCUCCACGUACGACGACAACGCUCCCUUUGCAAGCACAAUUCGCACCAUUGCUGGGGCACACGCAAAUAACGUGUUCGCCGGUGGUGCGAGCAUGACAUCAGGUGCCAAAAGUUUCAGGGACUCUGGCAAGAAAGAACCAUCCUCUCGAGAUAUAUCUGUCACCGCCUUGGCUUUUCUGCCUCGUGGCCGAUCACACAUGCUACUCACAGCCUCUGAUGCAUCUACCACCGUUAAGCUGUGGGAUAUACGGGGUCGGUACUCGCGACGAGGACCACCCACGCCCAUUUCCGUAACGAAGGAACCCGAGUCGCACAUUCGACACCGACGUUGUGCCAUCAAUUCCUUGACACUAAAUACCGAUGGCUCCAGAUUUUAUGUGUUAAGCAAAGACCACACGAUCUACGCUUACUCCACUAGCCAUUUGGUACUGGGACACGCACCGGAGUUCAAUACCUCUGAUUCAACGAGGCAAAGGUACAUGAGCGCUGGAAAGGAGGGACUUGGUCCAAUGUACGGUUUCAGGCACCCUGAUCUGCAGGCUGGCAGUUUUUACGUCAAGACUUCCUUGCGCAAAGCUUCUGGGGAUAAAUCAGAGCUCCUGGCUGUUGGGAGCUCGAAAAAGUCACCCAUUCUCUUUCCUACUGACGAGUCCUUCCUUCGACGGGAACCACAACAUCAAGACGAUGAUUCGGACGAACUACCUCUGGCAAGAUCGAGCUCACGUUCACCGUCUACGAGGCCAAGUUUGAUGAGGACUUCUAGCGGAACAGUGUCCUCAACACGGGAUACCAUCCCGAUAUACCAACAUGGUACGCCUCUUAUCCGAGGGCAUGAACAUGAAGUCACAAACGUGGCGUGGACCACAGAAGGGUCUUUGGUCAGUGUUGGAGACGACUUCACCUCUCGAUGCUGGCGGGAAGGACCUCGGGCACGAGAGUUGAGGCUGAGUGGAGAGUCGGGCGGCCAACGAUGGGCGUCGGGGUGGGCCGAUGUGGCUGGUGGCUUCGAUGACGAUGAGUAGUGUUUUCUCUAAAUACCCAUCAUGCGUUUAGCGUUGCUGUAACCUGCAAUAAGCAGCGGAAAGGCGUUUGGCUGGUUCGAGGGGGACGGAGUCCGAUUGCGGCCAAGUUAAUGUGGGUAUACAUGAAUACACCUGC